CUCCGGCCGCCAUUUUGUGGCUCCGCAGAAGGUUCUGGAAGAAGCUGAGUGACGGCCGGCGUCCUUUCCAACAGCGUCCGUGUGUGAUCCGCCAGAAAGAUUGACUCCUUUUUAAAUAUAAAAAAAUAUAUAAGUCAGAUUAUUUUAAUACUUGUCGAAGCGGGAAAGUUGGUUGAUUUAGUUUUUAAACAAAAGUUUUUUAUUUCAACGGGAUGGAGAAUCGUGACAAAGAACAAUUUCGCAAACUGUUCAUAGGUGGUCUCAGCUUUGAUACAACAGAAGAGACUCUGAAAAAAUACUUUGAGCAAUGGGGAAAGCUGACAGACUGUGUAGUUAUGAGGGAUCCAUCAUCCAAACGAUCAAGAGGGUUUGGGUUUGUCACCUUCUCAUCUGCUGAAGAAGUUGAUGAUGCAAUGGCUGCUAGACCUCAUAAGAUUGAUGGCCGUGUUGUUGAGCCCAAGCGAGCAGUUGCAAGAGAGGAAUCUGGGAAACCAGGUGCUCAUCUGACUGUGAAGAAGCUAUUUGUUGGUGGGAUCAAAGAUGACACAGAUGAACAUCAUCUAAGAGAGUAUUUUCAAACCUUUGGAAACAUUGAGACUAUUGAAGUAAUAACAGACCGACAGAGUGGAAAAAAGAGGGGUUUUGCAUUCGUCACUUUUGACGAUCAUGAUCCGGUGGACAAAGUAGUCCUUCAAAAAUAUCAUUAUGUUAAUGGACACAAUGCAGAAGUACGGAAAGCUCUGUCCCGUCAGGAAAUGAUGGAUGCACAAAGUUCCAGGUCUGGAAGAGGAGCAGGUGGUGGAUAUGGAGGAGAUUCGCGUAGAAGUAACAGUUUUGGUAUGGGACGCGGAGGCAACUUUGGAGGACACAAUGGAUUUGGAAGUAGCCGUGGUUUUGGAGAUAGCCCUGGGUACAAUGGUUAUGGUGGAGGUGGUAGUAACUUUGGUGGAGGACAUGGAUUUGGAGGCGGAAGGAGUGGAUUUGGAGGUGGAGGAUAUGGCAGCCAUGGUGGUGGUGGCUAUGGUGGAGGCUAUGGAGGAGGUGCCAAUUAUAGUGGAAGUUUUGGAGGAGGUGGUAACUAUAAUGAUUUUGGAAGCUACAGCCAGCAUUCCUCUAAUUUUGGGCCAAUGAAAGGUGGAAACUUUGGUGGCAGAAACAUGGGUGGGCCAUAUGGAGGAAGCUACGGUCCUGGUGGUGGAGGUAAUGGUGGAUUUGGUGGACGUAACCGAUAUUAGUUGUGAGAUAUUAAUUCUGCAACAUCUUACUUCAAGGGAGCUGUACUGCAGAAUUGAGGGGAAUGGCUGUUUUAAGAAGAGUGUCUAGAUCUGUGAACGUU